AUGCCGCCACCUGACACUUGUCUACACUUCCUCUAUCAGCGCCAUGACAUUGAAGGCAUCCUUGGUGACGCAUGCAGAGGCACGCCCCAGCAGUCAGACGUCGUCUCAAUCGAAAAGUUUGCAGCACCUUACUCUCGGUUUGCUGUGCUGCUUGGACAGAGGAUAGUCAACCUAAGGAAUAGAAGUCUCGCUUCUCGUGAGCUGGUAAAGAAUCAUCUCCCCAACUGUGUUCCACUGAAGAAUCUAAAUGAUGGCUCGGAGGAUAUGACUGUUUUUGGAGAUGGGCUGGCCUUUGUCAGCACUGGUUUGAAAUUCCCAGGAAUGCCAUCCUCUGAUGUACCUGGAAAGAUCUUUCUCCUCGAUCUGAAAGACUCUCGGAUGAAACCAGUCGAGUUGCGCAUGCCGAGAAACUUUGACCUGGAGACGUUCAACCCUCAUGGCAUCAGUGCCCACACAGACACAGCUGAUGGCACCGUGUACCUGUUUGUCGUGAAUCAUCCUCACCACAAAAGCCAAGUGGAGUUGUUUAAAUUUGUUGAGGAGGAGUUCUCCCUGUUGCAUUUAAAGACCUUCAGGCAUGAACUUCUUCACAGCGUCAACGAUAUUGUGGCUAUGGGAGUGGAUCGUUUCUAUGCCACCAAUGAUCACUAUUACUCAGAUGAACGCCUUAAAACGAUAGUGGAGCCUCUCUUAUGUCAACCUUGGACUAAUGUUGUGUAUUACAGUCCUGAGACAGUCAAAGUGGUCUCUGAGGGAUAUUACAUGGCAAAUGGCAUCAACGUCUCACCUGACAAAAGGCACAUAUAUGUGGCCGAUGUAUUGGACCAUAAUGUGCAUGUGUUGGAGAGGACAGAAGACAAUGCAUUGGUCUCUGUGAAGUCUGUGGCUGUGAGUUCACUCUGUGACAACAUCGAAGUUGACCCAAAAACAGGUGACCUAUGGUUAGGCUGUCACCCCAAUGGAUGGAAAUUUCUGAACUAUGACCCCAAAGAUCCACCUGGAUCAGAGGUCAUCCGCAUCCGGAACAUUCACUCAGAGGAACCACUGGUGACUCAGGUGUAUGCUGAUGAUGGUCAUGUGAUCGUGGGUUCCUCUGUAGCUACGACCUAUGGAGGCAAACUGCUCAUUGGCUCAGUGUUUCAUAAAGCCUUGUGCUGUGAUUUGGAGUAGACAGAGAGAGCAAUACAGGUGACACAUAAAUGAGACGUAAACCAAGCCUUUGGGUUAAAUAUAUGGUGAUUGGAAUUACAAUUUUUUUAGCAUGAUGGUGAGUCUUCUGCACACUAGAAUAUGUAAUAUUUUUAUGUCCAGUGGUUCAACGCAAUAGUUUGUUAAAUACAAAAAUAUUACGUUGAGCCAGCAUUCUGUUAAUUUUUAGGACAGAUGAAGGGUUAAAAGUUUGUCUGCUUUGGAUCCAUUUUGCAGCAGCUUUUAAUUUACGGACAGGUGUAUAAGCUUAACAGUGCUUAUUUGACUACUUGUCAUGAAAAUGAGAAAACUUUUUUUCACUGUUUAGCCCAGCCUAUCGUCUGACUGUACUCAGUGAGUACAAUGAGUUGGAUUAUGGCACGUGCCCGAUUGUUGGCCAGCAUGUCGCCAAUAAUAUAAUGCUGCACAAACAUUUAUUACACACCAUGAUUUUCUACAGACUGUGUAGUGUAUUUAAUGCAAAAGUCACAUCAGUAUUUCUGCUAAUCGGACAAUGAAAUGCAGUAAUUCCUCACCACUUGGUGCUUUGAAUUUCGCAGCUUCACCCUAUCACAUUUUUAAAACAAUUAAUAAAUCAUGUUGAUUUGUGGUUGAA